GCAGAGUGCAAUGCUGUUGCUUUAUUAGAGCCCACUGAGCAUGGAUGACUGAAGCAGAUCAGCUCCAGGAACUACUUGUGAGAGGAGCAUGUGCUAAACUUCAGUGUGGGGCUCGUGGCUUUCACUCACUUUUGUGGUUGAUCAACAGGAAGAAGGUAAGCAUUGAAAUUAACUCUCUCCCAGUCAACAUCCAGUGAUGCUAAAUAGCUAGUUUUUGCUGUUUAAAGAUUAUGGGGAAACAAAAUAGCUGAUAGCUGUUACACACUGGUAGCGGAGUAAGAAUUGGUAUAUCUAAAUAAUAAUAAAAAUAGUUAGUGUCGGGUGAAUACAAAGCAAUCUGAUGACGAGCAGGUGAUCUAACAAAUAAGUCUGCAAUCAUAAAUGAAAAACCUGAUUCUAGACCGCACUGAACCCAAAAUUUCGUUUCUGUAUCAUGACAUAAGUUUUUUAAAGACUUCUCAGAGGGUACAACAACUCUAUCAGUUUUGAAGAUGUCAUGAGAAUGCCUCUCAUUUCCUGUAUGAAUCCCCCUGGAAUUAUUCAUUUGAAUGAUCAAUGGUUUAUAUCUGCUUUGGGAGCCAAUCUUGAUGGUAAUUAAUUCCUUUUUUGAAACCUCACUGUGUCCUUUUCUUGAGAGUGAGAGGAAGAGUUGUUCCACUUGUACCAUUCAGUGAGUGUUUAUUAUUAUUAUUAUUAUUAUUAUUAUUAUUAUUAUUAUUAAACUGAAGCUACAUAUGGCAGAGAUAUAGAUCAAAAUACAGAUCAUACACAGCUUUCUCUUUGUAUAGCGUUAAAUGGUACCAGUUAAGAAUGUUAUACAAAUUGAAGGUCAUCUAUACAAUUGGUUAAACUGGAAAAUUCUGUCAUAUAUCACUUUACCAACUCUUUGAUUCUCCUCUCAUGUGCUGCGCUGAUGUUGUAAGCUUCAGGUAACAUUGGACAUGGUACAUUCUUCACUUUUUGCCCUAUCCUUCUGAAUCUCUUGCACAACAUUAUUGACAUAAAGGUAGUGAUGCAUACAAGUGUCAGUCUGGAAAAGCUGUGAGGAUCACAGGCAACGAAUUUAAUUAUGGAAGUACAACUGCUUAUUGUUGUUUUAGUGGAAAAGUUGGGUUUUUUUUAAAGUACUUUUGUGCAAUUUCAAAUCCUGCCUUGCCCGGAGGAACCUUAUGCCUUCACACGAGGAAGCAUUGUAAUGAAAACUCAUUGCAGCCUUGUUUACUGCACAGCAAGAAGCAAAGAGUAGUUCCCACAACUGUUUGCAAAAGCACAUGCCGUAUGAUGUCACGACUAGAUAAAAAAGGAUAGUGAACAAAAUGCUUAGAAUUAUGGGAAGCAGAACUACCGUAUUUUUCGCUCUAUAGGACACACUGGACCACAAGACGCACCUAGUUUUUAGGGGGGGGGGGAAUCAAGAAAAAAAAUCUUAUUUCUCUUCUCCCCAGCCCCAAACAGCAAAGAAGCCAAGACAGCCGCGCGCAACUUCCUCUUUAGCCGUGCGCAACCUCUUCAGCCGGGAGAGGCUGCGUGCGGCUUUGGCAGAAGCCAAGACAGCCAGCGGGAUGGAUCCCGCUGGCUGUCUUGGCUUUGUUUUUAGCCGCGGGGCUGGGGCGGGGUAACCCCGUGCUUCCCCCGACCCCAGCCCCAAGGACAGGUCGGGUAGCGAUGGUCCCUUCUCCCUCCUGGGGAAAAGCCCACAAGAGCUGCGUGAAGCUUAUAUGUGGCUCUUGGGGGCUUUUCCUGCCUGCCUCCCCCCCUGCACUCGCUCCAUAGGACGCACAGAUGUUCCCCCUUAGUUUUUAAGAGGGGAAAAGUGCGUCCUAUGGAGCGAAAAAUACGGUACUUUUCGGCUCUGAUUUUGAUGUGUUAGCUUGAGUCAAUGUACUACUGCUAGGGAAAUGAUGGAGCGUCAACAUAAUUUUCAGGGCUCAUUAUGUCGACUGGACCCUCCAUUUAACAUGCAAAAAGAAUACCAAUUGGCAUAUGUUUGGUGUUGUGCGCAAAAUUGUAUGCCAUUUUAGUGGGUUGGGUGGAGGGCCCAAAAAUAUCUAUCAGAGACCACACAACAAGCUGUUAGAUGUUUGACAGACAGAAUGUCAACAGGUGAAGCGUUUCCCAUAACGGAAAUAGAAUUUCUGCCUGCCACACAGCUGUGAAAAGCACAAGAUGCCUGCCUUCCUCCAGUGCCAACCCUGAACAAUGCAAAGAAUUCAACUUUCAUGAGCUGUAAACCAGUUACAUUACUGUAAUGUCUUUCAUUAGUUUGCCUCUGGCUGGCAAUACUGUAUUCAGUGCAAAACCAGGCAUGGCAGGUGUGUACGCAUGCAUUAAAAGAGAUGUAAGAUUAUAGGAACUCAAGUUCAGGUGCCCAUAUGUGGAUCAGUUCAAUAUUAAACCAUUAAAGAACAUUCCUUGUGCUUCUUUACAAUUUAGACCUCACAGUAACUACAGCAAUGCUAUCAACACAUGUCAGUCACCCUUUUAUUUUACUUUGAGAAAAAAGGGGUUUGAGCUUUUGACAUGAAUAUACCCAUAAUUUUAGAGUUUAUUUUAGAGUUUCCUGGGUAAGGUGAUUGAGAGAGCAGUUGCUGAAUAGCUUGGUGGGUUUCUGGAUGAAACAUCGGCUCUGGAUCCAUUCCAAUCCCGCUUCCGCGCUGGUCAUGGGACCGAGAUGGCUCUGGUCGCCCUAACAGAUGAUCUCCGCAGGCAGCUGGAUCGAGGCGGAUCGGGGCUGCUGAUUCUUCUAGACCUGUCAGCAGCCUUCGACAUGGUCGAUCACGAACUCCUGGACCACCGCCUUGCCGAUGUGGUGAUUCAGGGCACAGUCCUUCAAUGGCUGCGCUUGUUUCUCUCUGGUCAGGGGACAGAGGGUAGCGCUUGGGGGGGAAUUGUCAUUGCGCCACUCCUUGGUGUGUGGAGUGCCUCAGGGUGCGAUACUCUCCCCGAUGCUUUUCAACAUCUUUAUGCGCCCCCUCGCCCAGCUUGUCCGGAGUUUUGGGUUGGGUUGCCAUCAGUAUGCUGAUGACAUUCAACUCUAUCUGUUGAUGGAUGGCCACCCUGACUUGGCCCCAGACACACUGAUCAGAUGUUUGGAAGCUGUGGCUGGAUGGUUACGUGGGAGCUGGUUGAAGUUAAAUCCUUCGAAGACAGAGGUCCUUUGGCUGGGUCGGGACGAUAUGGGAUUGGAGGGGCAACUCCCAUCUCUUGCGGGGGUGCAAUUAGUGCCAGCACCAUCCGUUAAGAGUUUGGGUGUAAUCUUCGACACCUCCCUUUCCAUGAAGGCGCAGAUUGCAGCUAUAACAAAGGCGGCAUUUUUUCAUCUCCACCAAGCGGAGCAGUUGGCUCCUUACCUCUCUCGCCCUGACCUAGCCACUGUGAUCCACACGACAGUUACCUCCAGACUGGAUUAUUGUAACUCGCUCUACGUGGGGCUGCCCUUGAGACUGACCCAGAAACUCCAGUGGGUGCAGAAUACCGCGGUGAGACUCCUUGCAGGAUCCUUGCUGCGAGAUCACAUUCACCCUGUGCUAUACCAGCUGCACUGGUUCCCAGUGGAGUACAGGAUCAGGUUUAAGGUGCUGGUUUUAACCUUCAAAGCCCUAUAUGGCCUAGGACCCUCGUACCUACAGGACCGCCUCUCCUGGUAUGUCCCACAGAGGAACUUACGGUCUUCAAACAAAAACAUCUUGAAGGUCCCAGGCCACAGAGAGGUUAGGCUGGCCUCAACCAGAGCCAGGGCUUUUUUGGCUGUGGCUCCGAUCUGGUGGAACGCUCUGUCACAAGAGACUAGGGCCCUGUGGGACUUGACAUCUUUCCGCAGGGCCUGCAAGACAGAGCUGUUUCACCAGGCCUUUGGCCAGGGCACAGCCUGACUCCCUCCUUUGGCAAUCCUCACAGAACUUCUAGCCUAAUGGUUGCCAUUAAUUUGAUUGGAAUUAAUUUUAUAAUGUAAUGAUUUUAGAAUGUUUUAUCAUUUUACUGUUGUUAGCGGCUCUGAGCCCGUCUUCGGCUGGGGAGGGCGGGAUAUAAAUAACAUUUAUUAUUAUUAUUAUUAUUAUUAUUAUUAUUCCAACAGCAACCUCUUCCACCAUUAUCCUAUUCCCCCCUCGUGGUUGGGAAAGCAAUUAUUUCCCCUCCUCCCCAUGUUGCUGCUAAAAUCAAUUUGUCAGACCCCUCCUCUGUUUGUUUAUCCCUAGAGCUGUAUAACAACACUGAAUACAGAGUGGUAAUUCACUACCCUCUCUCAGCACCCCUGAUCUAUAACAUUGGUACAAUAAUACUGCACCACUUUGUAUGGCUGAUUUAACCUAUCCUUUCUCAACCAGAAUACCAACCUCCCUACAAUGCAGAUAUACUAAUGAUGGAUUUUUGUUGUAUCUGCAUUUGCAGAGUGUUUAAAACUAGAACAAAAAAAAAUAUGCAUGCAGAAAAAGGAGGGGGAAACACAUUGGGCUGAUAGUGCAUCAAGGAAGACCCAAAAUCUGACUAGAAAGAAAUAGGAAGCCCUUCCUUCUCCGUUCAGAACCGCUUUUCAAGUAUUCUUUUGGGAGGCCUCUGCAUUUCAUUCUAGCACUCACAGAUCUGACUUCACUCAUUGGGCUAAAAGCACUGAAAGGCAGGGGCAGGUUCAUAGCUAGCAAAGCAGUUUCUUUAAAUGGUACUUGCAUGUUUUGCUUCACAACUUUUAUUUUAAAGGAGCCAGAGACGCUGUGCAGUAACUAAAGUUUAUGGACUGAACAAGGGAAGCCCUUCAUAGAGUGCAGUGCAUUCAUUCAGCCUUGAAGUUACCAGUGCCUGAACUACUAUGAUCAAACUAUCUUGCUCCAGGAAUAACCGUAGCUGCUGUAUCAGCCAAAGCUGAUAAAAAGAACCUAUGUCAUUAACAGCCUGAUAGGCUAUAAUUAAGCAGGUGUUUCCAGAUAUGGAGAUAACAGGGAUAGAAAAGUUUCACCUGCUACAUUGUAGGUUACUCUUAAAGUAGCAGAGGCAACAAAAUAGCCGGCCACUUGGAACACAAGUUCCAAUGAAGAGAAAAAAAUGACAUAACAACAGACAGGCAAGUUUCGACACUUACACCAGAGUUUAGGAUUACAUGCAUGUGUCUCUGUUUUUGGUAUUCCUCCUUUCCUGUCUUCUGCCACUAUGCCUGCAGGAAAGAGUUCAAAAGCUUUUGCUUUCAGGUAAUUGCAGCUUAUUAUACCAACUUACAAUUAUAAGUGGUAAAUCUUAGAUAUGAUUUAAGGAAACAAGCCAACUUAAUAAACCAUGGUUGGCCUGUUUCCCAAAACCCUAAAACUAAUUGGAGUUUGACCAGGUUCAGAUAGAACAACAGUCCACAGCUAAUGAAAAAUCGCUGAGCUCGAAGCUUGCAGUCUCGUCGCUGCUGCAGUGAGCUGUUGCCCGAGGCUCCUUCACAUAAUAGUAAAUCAACCUUUCCCAACCCGAUGCCCUUCCAGCAUUGCUGGACUAGAGUUCCCAUCAGCCCCAGCCACCAAGACUAAUGGUCCAAGGUGGUAAAGUUGCAGUCCAAAACAACUGGAGGGCACCAGGUUGGGGAAGGCAGCGCUCAGUCAUUGAUUAGCAUCAUAUUCAAACCAUAACAUAGCUGGGACAAAGAGGGCAAGUAGCAGAAGCAGAUACAGAUGACAGGGGUUGAAUUAUACGAUUCAUGAACCAUCCCAUGCACCUGGGAUUAAGCUCCAUUGAACUCAGUAGAACAUCUGAAUAAAUAUGCAUAGGCUAGGGGGUGAACCGCUUGGACUUCAUGGACUUUCACAAACCCCAUCCUCGCUGCAGUGAAAUUAAAAAUUAUAUGUAAGUGAGUUCAGAAUAGUUCUUUAUCCUGUGCGGGAACUCUGUAUUCCCUUGUCACAAUUCUAGGCAAUUAUGUUCGUUUGUUUUUAAAUGGAUAUGAAGGUCUUAAGGUGGAAAUAAAAGCGACCUGUGGACAACUUAGCUGAUUUUCUGGUGCUUUUAGCCUAAAUGCGGUUGCCCACUUCCCUUCCUGUUGCAGCUAUCUGGAGCUACGUAAGGCACAUGCAAGCAAGUCCUCCCUGAGUGCAGAGUGAUUUCCUUCUAAGCAAAUGUGCAUAGCAUUAAAAAGCCUGAGAAAAAUGAGUCACUUCCUGCCUGAGAGGCCUCCCUCUCGUGUGAGCUGUUCCCAGCACUUCCUGGAAGUGGCUGCUAUUUAAGGCCGUGAGUCUGAGUUUGUUGCGUGUGGUAGGAGGCUGCUAGCUGGUAAGUGGAAGAAGCAUGGUCAGAUUUAGUAUGUUACAGAUCAAUUCUAAAGCGUGCCUGGCUUUUGUCCUCCUCCUCUUGUACAUACUAUUGAGAACUUUAGAGGUGGCUUGAUAGCAAAAGGAACACCGGAUGUCUGAGUAUGGUUCUUUUUGUUGGCGGGGAAUCUCGAUUGCUAUUGUUUUUACUCAGUCAGUUGUAUUUGUAUCUUGAGAGGAUGUUAAAAGGGUAGAAGGUGGUAAUAUUGCAACUCUGCGUUAGUGGGUUAGCAACAGUAAUUUGCUCAAGACCCCUUUAUGCUUUGAAACGUGGCCUUUGUUGCAUAGACUUAUGUAUCUAUGUAUCUAGACUUAUGUAUCUAGAUGAGAACUGAACUCAAAGGUACAGUAUUUAUACCGACACCGUUCUACUUGGGUCUUCUAGCAGCAGUUGUUUAUCUUCUAGCAGCAGUUGCUUAUAGCAGUUUCUAUGACAGAGAUUCAAAGGUCAAGGCUUAAGUUAUCCCUUUAUGCAGCACAGACAUGCUUAUAUAAAUAGUAAUGUAGCUCUGGGGUUUUGGUUUAGUUUUGACUGACUAAAAACGCAAUUGAAACUGAGUGAAAGCUUCCACUGUUUUUUAUGUUUUGUUCUGGGGAAUAAGAAUGCUCUGAUUGCUGCUGUACAUAAUUGAUGAAUAACUUCUAGGAGUUUGCUUGAAAUCCUUAUAGUUUAGUUUUAACCUUUGCUUUGCUGAGGAACAUGAAAAAUGUCUCAUGUCACGUUGGAAAACAUGUCCAUCUAGCUCCCUAUUACCCGCUACAUGGCCUGAAAGUAGCUCUCUAGCGUUUCAGAUGGGAGUUGUACCUGGAGAUGGCAGGGACUGAGGCUGGAAAUUUCUGCAUGUUCUCUGCCAUUGAACUAUGGCUUGUCUAGUUAAAUAAAAACUGAGUAAAGUUACUGAAUCUUGGACAAUCUUGCUCCUUAUCAGACUUCUGAUAAGUGGCCUUUCUAGUUAGCAAUGAGUACACUUGUAAUAUACAAGUACUGUGUGAGAGAAAUGCUCUAUCAAAAGGAGGCUUGAAUACCUUUGAGAAGUCUUAUAUAAUGGAGGCAUGCUGAAUGCAUGUUCAUGAGAACAGAACUGGGAAAGAAAGCAUACUACGUGCAAUGCCUAUGGAAUACAAAGUGGGUUGCAACAGUUAAACAACGGCUCAUCAACAUUUUUGGACCCAUGAGCAUGUUUGGAAACUUGAAAAUGUUUUGUGGGGGAGCAUACCCACAACCAUGCAUAUCCCCUGCUCUUCACUGCAAUUCCUACUCCACACCUCACAACCCUAUUCUCGCACACACCAGGAGUGUUAUUCUUGCCCCGCUGAAUCGGAGACGAUUCCCAUCUCUUUGUUUAGCCCAACCUACUAGAUACUGAUGUAAGCAAGAAAGAGGCAUGGGUCAAUUUGCAGGAUGAUUUCUCUGGCAACACAGCAAUGUUCAGAUGCUGUGUAAGGCAGUACUGGACCAGGACAAGGUGGGGCAACUUUGCUCAUCCCAAAUAAUUCAUUCCUCCCAUCAGGAUUUGUGCCAGAAAGAUCAAGGAAAAGUGUGGGUGCAUGUUGCAAGCAAGCAUGAUUUGUGGUGCUGCAAAAUGCCAUGACAUACUUGUUAAGGCAUAAUCUUUGGCAUCUAGUUUCUUGGCUUUGUAGCGUUUGAGCCAUCACAAAAGAACCUUAACUCAAUUUUAAACAGACAGAGUUUUUUCAUUAAAUAAUAGUUUACUAAAGAGAGCAUUUCAAUCCAUACAAGACUGUUCUCCAUAUAGGUGGGGACAGGAAGCAUGGGAAGAAUAGCAAUAGCUGGAUUAAUAGAUUACUGAAUAUUGUUGUUGAUAUCCAUCUGUCUUGAGAAUGGACUGUGCCUCCUGGGCUGAAGAAUCUCAGUGCCUGUGUUGCUUUUUGUUGUGUUAGCAGCACUGACGUGACCUCUGUGGGGUGCACUUUUGGACAGUGUGUAUGGAGGGUCUGGGCUGCCCAGACAACAAGUCCCCCCCCCCCCUCAGCCUCACUAAUGUGGUCCAAAGGAAAGCAGAGGAAUAGACUUGCCACCAGAUUGGCUGCAGGAGUUACCGGAUGUAGAUUGAAUAGUAUACUUGUCUAUUUAUUUACAUAUUUAGGCUGUGUUUAUAGGACAAGGUCCUUGCUAGGCAACAUACAAACACGCAACAAUGUGUUCAGCCCAGUAUAAAAAUGACCAGAACUGAAUAAUUGGCCAACUAAGCAAUCCUCUAAUAACCAGCAACAACUUUAAUAAGAUGCUCUUCAUUAUACACCAACUGGAAUAGUAAUGUAUGAGAUACUGUUUGCAUAAUACACGGGUGUUAUGGGAUUUGGGAGGCAAGAGUCAGAGACCUGUCUGCUUAGAUCAUCAGGGGUCAGCAGACUUUUUCAGCAGGGGGCUGGUCCACUGUCCCUCAGACCUUGUGGGGGGCUGGGCUAUAUUUUGAAAAAUAAAUGAAUGCAUGAAUUCCUAUGCCCCACAAAUAAUCCAGAGAUGCAUUUUAAAUAAAAGGACAUUCUACUCAUGUAAAAACACGCUGAUUCCCGGACCGUCCGUGGGCCAGAUUUAGAAGGCGAUUGGGCCGGAUUCAGCCCCUGGGACUUAGUUUGCCUACCCAUGGAGUAGAGUUUUAUUAAGGUUUGCCCUCCACAUAGUCCAAAACAUUUGGAGAGCAUCAGGUUUGAGGAUCAUGCUCUACUGCAACAUACACACACCACCCCUACCCUACCCUACCCUACCCUACCCUACCCUGCUCCCCACAGCCCCACCCAGCAUAGUCGUUCUGGCUGGGGUUGAUUGGAGUUCUAGUCUAAAGCAUUUGGAGGGUACCAGGCUGUCAAAGGCUGCUUAAUCAGAUGUGUUGAGUGUGAACAAGAUUUUUCAUAUCAUUCUGCCUAAUAACAGCUAAGGCAGCCUCCAAAAUGAAAAUUAACACACAAGGUUAUUUCAGCCAUCUUUUCUCUUUUUUAAAGUGUUCCCAUUUUAUUGUUGUUGUUUAUUAAAUUUCAAAACUGCCCUCUGCCUGAAGCUCACAGAGCGCUUUACAUUAUUAAAGCACAACAACGCAAUACCAGAAUAACAAACCAAAACAAUACCCCCCUCACAGUUUAAAAGGCCAUAGAUUGUUUAACAAGAUAAAGGUACAUGGAAGAGAACAAGCCCCCCUGGGUGUAGAGCAGUUCAUUUGGAGUAGCUGGAUAGGUUGUCGCUCCCGCCUCCUCCCAGCAUCCUUGGAAGAUGAUGCAGUUAACUGUCCACUCUAGGCUGCAGAUGUUACUGUUGGCUGCUCCAACUGCUGGUCUUCUAAGGUUCCGCAAUGGCGACAGGGGAAAGUAGCCCCUCUGCUAUUGUGCCCAACUUGGCAACCCAUUUCAGAUAGCAGCCAAAUGUGUCUUCUUCUUGGGCAGCUGGGUAAUAAUCUGUCUCCUGACUCUUCCCAGCAGCAGCAGUGGUGGCUGAAGCAGUGUUGGGGGACAGUGAUAACUGCCUGCUUCCCUGGCCUUCCCAGGGAUGGAUGCAGUUAGUAGCAUAGGAAAUGGGAUGGAGGGAUGUUAUGGUAGACCCUCCUAUCUUUAAAGGACUCUUGGGCAGGAAUCUCUUAAUAAAUACUUAAAGGCCCUUCUCUGUAUAUGGCUCCCCCUGCCCCAAUGUCCUCUGAUAAUUACAGAUGCUCUGCUCCAAAUCCCUAGCCCUGACAAAGCUGCUGUCAGCCAGGAUGAGGGUGAUAUCUGCCAUGGCAGACACUUUGUGGAAUGAAUUGUAAACUGCCCUGUGAACUUUGGAUGAAGGCGGGUAUGGGCAUUGAAUAAAGAAUCAUAAAUAAUGCCAAAUUGUUGAGUCAAGUGCCUCAGAGCUCUUUUGUUGUAUUGCUACUACUGUAUAGGGAAGUUUUUAUUACUUGAUGUUUUACUGUGCUUAAUGUUUUAAUUUGUUGGAAGCCGCCCAGAGUGGCAACCCGGUCAGAACUAGAACUUAGAUUUAAAUAAUUCUGAGCCCAGGAAUUUGUUUUCAGUACCACAAAUGAACAGAGACAACAGUCCUUCUACAUACAACCCCCUUUCCUGUUUUCUCCAAGCUUUCUUCAUUUCAGUAAUGUAAUUUAGAGCAGGAAGGGAGUUGUUUUUUUUGCUGUUGCUGAAUAGUCCUUGACAAUCAACUGCAAAUCAUCCAUAGAUCUACCAACAAAUCCUGAUCUAUUGCCCCCAGUCGAUAUCAAUAAGAUAUCAGAGUAUGGGGCAGUCAUUUGUCUAGCAGCAGUUACUUUGUAAAUCUGCUUUUGUGUUGGUGGGGAAGAUACAGCGUGAGCUUAGAGGUGCAUUGGUAUUUUGGUUAGCUACAAGGAAUGGAAUUGUACUUGGGUCAGAUGCAAGACUUCAGUGAUAAACAGAUGUAGUCAGCUCACUUCAUCGUUGUGUAAACUUUAGCAUAGUUCGUGGUAUAAUGACCUCUCUUGAUAAAUGGGUGAAAAGGGCUUCCUGUAUGAGCAACUCUUGAAUACACUUAGAAGUCAGCAAGCCACACAUCCAAGGGCAAAAGUCAGUAGCUGUAGUAUGUUACGCAAUUUGUGAAAGUGCAGAGUCUCCUUCCAUAUCUCUUGAAAAUGCCAGCAAAGUCCUUCUCAAUGUUUGAUGGAGUUGUCUUGGAGCUGGGAACUCUUUAAACUAAUUUUCUCACUAAGCUUUCCAAUAGUGUAUGUGCCCAAAAGGACAACUGCCCGUCUUUGGGGCAGGGGUUGUGGAAGUGGGGAACAAAACCAUACAAGGAAACAUAAGUUAAAUGAACAUACGAAGUUGCCUUGUAGGCAAGACCCAUUGGUCCCUCUAGACAAGUACUGCAUGCUCUGACAGACAGUGGAUCUCCAGAGUAGGAGACUUUUGCAUCAUCUAAUUCUUUGAACUGCCAAUGGUAGGAUUAAAUAUUCAAAGCAGGUGCUGCACCACUGACCUACUUAUGUGUACUUGGAAAUGAGCUCUAUAGACUCUGUAGGAGGAUAUGGAGAUAAGAAUGAAUAGCAUAUCCUUGGGACUAGAAACAUGACCAGAAAAUAGAAUAAGUUGCUCUUCUUGGAGAUUUUGCAGAAUCUACCACAACCAAAGUUAGUUAUCUGUACCAUGAUACUUACAGCGCAUCAUGAUCAGAUGCUAACCUAGAUGGUGGAUUGGUUGCCUUCAGUUUAAAUUAAGCCUUGGAUAAUAAUAACUAUCUUGGGAACAUUUCGUUGUCAUGCUACUGGAUAACACCUUUAUUAAGCUAUGUAUGAAAAGUUAAUGGUGUUCUAAUUGCUGUGUGCCUCUUGCUUUAGGCUUCACCACUUUGUCUGCACUGAUCCAGCAGGAUGAUUUGGAUACUUCAGUUCUUGUUUUCACCACUCCCAACUCCUGCUUUGAUUGGUCUUGUUACUUUCGGAACAACAGUCUUCCUAUGGCUGAUAACCAAACCAAAACCAAUUGCAGCUCCCGUUGACUUGAAGAAGCAGUCGCUUGGCACUGAGGUAAAAGAAAAGAAAAAGAGGUCAUCAGCCGCUCUUGGCAGAUGAAUGGGCUAGAUGAAAUGUAUGAAUUGCUUAGCUUACCCUUCAUUGGAUGCUGUUGUGUGAAAUGUACCGGUACUUGACUUGCUAUGGAAACUACUUGAGAUUUAUGACCUUUCUCAGUGAGUAUUGGGUGGUAGAUAGGGGACGGUGGGAAUCUACAUUCUCCAACAGCCAAUAUUGUUGGCACGUAUGCUGAUGGUACUGUGCACAUCUGCAUUCUUAUAUUGUUCUGGGAUUCUACUUGAGUGCUAGCCAUAAACAUUGCAGGGAAAACUGACACACUUACCCCCAGAAACAUACCUGGGAUCAACAAGAGUUUAGAUCCAAAUAGAGGGCAGCAGCUGCACAAUUUCCUUUUAUGCCUGUAAAUGUUAGAUUCCUUUGCAUGCCAAGGCACCCAAGUAAGAAAGUUUCCAGGAGAAGAGGCAAGGAAAAGGGAGCCGGCCGGCCACUCCAAAUUUAAAUGGCCCAUGGCCAUACCCAACCUGGCCACAGAUUGGCUGGGGCUGUCCCUGGCACAGAUGACACGGGGGGGGGGCAGCAUACCUCCCCCUAUGCCGGAAAACUUUUGAGGCUUGGCUGACUGGCUGCAAUGCUGUACACCAGAUAAAAGGUGAACAGACUUGCCAGGUUAAUUGUUCUCUCCAAAGGCUGCUUGGUUGGGGCAGUAUUGUCACACAGCUGACCAGUCAACCGGAUUCUGCUACAGGCAUUGGUUAACCAUCAGUACAACAGCUUCUGUAUGUGUGCCUACAAAGCAUCUUUGUGGGUCAUGCACCAUCUCACUUAACAUGGAGUCAACUAACAAAAUCUUGAGGAAAUGGUGCUCGAUUCAUGAGGACAGCCAAAUGAAAUGGCUACAGAUCUUGUUGACAUCUAAUUACGACUGUCUUAGAAACAGAUGGCCUCUGAAGGAGAUCUGAUAGCUACCCUAAUGGACUGAGAUGGAUGAAGAGGAAGUACAGUGGUGCUUCUAUACUUGCUUGACUUCAGUGCCAUAACAGUGGCUCUUAAAUCGUUUGCUGGGCACUAUGAAACGUGCUAUAGGGAUAGUAUCAAUUCCACAAUGGGAGGAGGAGAGUUGGAAACCCAUGGUCUAGGAAGCCCAUGCCAGUUAAUAAGGCAAGUUUACUCUCCCCCUGCCUCUGAAACUGAACUAGCUUCACUGCUGCUGGUAUCCCUAAGUUUACUUUAAGGUGGUGGGAGGCAGGAAACAUCUAGAAGUGAAAAGGGAGAUCUAGGAGAGGACUAUUGCAGGUGGAGACUUCUCUAGGGCUUAAGGCAUGGCUCGGAUCAAGGGAACAUGGAAAGUCUGUGUCCAUUAAUUAUUCUUACUUGUGGUGGUUUAGGGGUUCAUGCAUCAUUAAAUGCAUUGCUGGUUUUCCCCCUCAGCUGGUGUAGCCAUUUAUCUUAGCACUUUGUAAAUAAGAAAACCCUAUGUACAGAUUGUGGGGAGAAGAACCUUGGGUAGUCUUAAUCUGAGUUAAGUCUAAUGUGGGGAGUGGGGCCUUGUAGUGCAUCAUCCACAUUGCCAACUAACCUGAAUAAUUUCUGAAUGUAGGGAGGAGCUAGAAGAAGUGCUCUUAUCCCUGAUGGCAAGCUUCUUUCUUAUUACCAUGAGGAUGCACGGACCUUAUAUGAAAGUUUCAGAAGAGGACGCUACGUCUCAGGUGAGUAGGGAAUUCACUGGGACAACUUGGAUGGCCUGUUUUAGCAUUGCUUGUUCAAACCACAGUUUUGGAUGGAGAGGGUGUUGCCAUAGUACUUCUCACCUGAUAAAGCUAAUGAAGCUGAGUAGGGAAAAGCUAACAGAAUGAUUCUUUGCAGAGGCUUUUCCAGGUGGAACUUUCAGGAACUCAGUUCUGGUACCACUCAAGUGAGUGUCAUUGCCAUUAUAAGAGAACAAGGGAGAUGGUGGUGGUGAGUUCCACCACUUAUUUUUCUAGAAAAAUAACACUGGGCUUUCCAUAUGGGAAUAUGGAUUCAUGGCAGUCUUUCUGGUCCUUGGUCCUUGGUCUGGUUCUGGUUUAUGGUCCUUGAUAUGAGCAUCCUUUUCUACCCACAGUGAUUGCCUACUGAGGAUAUUCUUCAAAAAUGGCUGGCUUGCUUUAGAGAUGACUUGAAUAUAAAAACAAAUCCUCUAACACCACAAAUAUUACAGGGCUCCUUAUAAUUGGUGUGGAAACGAAUGGUGUGAAAUAGAAAGUCUGACUUUCAUUUUCAUGAGGUUGGAGCAUAAUGCUUGAGGCCAAACCAUAUAAUGUGGUAGAUCAAUGACUUAAUAUCCUGAAUUAAGAAGAGAACACUUCUUUAAAAAGAAGCCAGUGUAAGGCAUCCAAACUUUGUCAGAGCAGCAACCACUAGCAAUUAUUGAUCUGAACUGCCCAGCACCCCUUGUUUUGACCUCUUGUAAGAAAGGGAGAUAGACGGGUAUAGUGUCUUGUAUUUGUAUAAUUCUACUGCCAACACUGCUGCACUGAUCAAUUUCAGACUUGGAGCCCAAGAACCUGUGUUGUCCAAAUAAGAAAUCCAGUCUGAAUCUCUUGCAUCACAUGUGCUUUGGUCCUUGGCCAGCUUCUGAUGCUAUUUUGAUGAGGGGGAUUUACAUAUCACAGUAAUAUGUGAAUGCUAUAUAAGAAAAGUAUUUCAAACUUUCCUCUAAGAAGGCAUUCUAAUGUUUCUUGAAAUUUGCUUGAUUUUCUGUUCAAGUAUUAUUAUUUUUAAACUGUAAACCACAUCUAAUAUUAAAGGAAGGAAAAUACAAUGAAUGGGAAUGCAUCUUCACAGAGCUGUCUAGAAUCCUCUAAUGCAGAAAAGUGUUCAGUUGCUCAAGAUCUUGCAAACUAAAGACAUAAUUUAGCAUCUAGGCAACAAAUCCGGCUGGCGAUGUCAGCAAAUCAGGGAUGCCUAAAAGCUGUGGAUUCUUGUUCGGUAUCCUUCAGUUCACUUGAAGACCCUUCUACUAUGCUGGCAUAUUCAUAAUCUCAUUUUUUUUCCUUGCAGAAAAUGGCCCUUGCUUAGGAUACAGAAAACCAAAGAAACCUUUUCAGUGGCUGUCUUACCAACAGGUUGGUUAAAACACCAACUGGAAAAUUGACCUAAAUCCCUUGCCAAUAAUGUCAAGUUAACUAUCCUUGAUAUUUCUAGGUGCUGGACAGAGCUGAACACCUGGGAUCAGGUCUUCUACACAGAGGAUGUAAACCCUCAGGAGAUCAGUUCAUUGGCAUCUUUGCUCAGAAUAGACCAGAGGUAACUUGUGAGAAUCCUAGUUGGCCAUAAUAUUCUGGUAAAACCGUUCCUAAAUUUCCACACUGUUUUGAUAUUAAUGUUUGGAAGCAGCAGAAGAAGUGAAUGGACCUGCUGCCUGUUCAUGUUGUAUCCGUGUUCUGGUCUGGUGUUGGGAGCAGCUUUGGCAUGUUGCCUGUCUUGCUGGAAUUAAUACGGGAUGUGUUCACAAUUUCCUAAUGAGCCCCCCCCCCAUUUGCACAAUGGCUUGCAUAUCUACCACAAUUGCUUCUGCAGUUUGGCUGAUAAAAUCAAGCUUCCUUGACUAAUCAUGCUCAUUGGAAUAGAUGUGUCAUAUAUAGUUCCUGCCAGGCAGCGGCGUAGCGUGAGUUGUCAGCACCCGGGGCAAGGCAAGUAAUUUGCGCCCCCUAACCCCUAACCUGCCGCCGCUGCCAGCUUCUUCUUGCUGCUGCCUGGGCUGGUCUGGUGUGGUUCUCUCCCACGCUCAGCGCUGCGCUAGGCGGCCGCUGCACUGUCCCGCCCCCGAUAGUCCCUCGCUCUCUCUCCGCACCGCACGCCUGGCACCCACCCCCUCCACAGUGGGCGGCGACCCAGCGGCUCGGAUCGGAUUCGCACAGCCAGCACUGCAGUGAGAGUGAGUGAGCCAGGUAGGGGCAGAGAGCUGCGAGCGCGAGCGCGCCCCCCCCGAUGUUGCGCCCGGUGCGGCCGGCCCCCCCUGCACCCCCAUGCUACGCCACUGCUGCCAGGUGCAAGCUUGCAAGUUCACAAGCUCAACACAAUUAACACCUGAAGCUCUAAUGGGAGGAUUACUAGAAGAUACCUGAUCCUUAAACAUGCUGUUUUAUAUAUUGCCACACAAUGCUUAUGUGUUUUUCCGUUCUUUUCUCCUGUAGUGGGUGAUCUCUGAGCUUGCCUGCUACACUUACUCAAUGGUUGCAGUUCCCCUUUAUGACACUCUGGGACCUGAUGCAAUUGUGUACAUUAUUAACAAAGGUAAGCUGUUUUCUCUGGCCAUGAAAUACCUUGUUCUACUCUUUAUUUAUAGGGGGGGCGCGCGUUAUUUUCUUGACAAGUGACUACUAUAAAGUGAAAUUUGGUCCUCAAAUAGAGGGACAAAAGUUCCAAGAAUACCCCUCCUAUUUGAGUUAAUAUGACCCAAAUUCUUCUUAAAACGCAUAAAUGACUCAGAAAAAUUAUCCCCUGCUUCGUUAGUCUGGAGAGGGGCAAGUAAAAGACAGGUGUAAAAUCUGAGGUUGGGGUAGCAGGUAACCCUGUGUGUCAUUAAUGGAACUGACCUCUCCUCCUCCUCCUCCUCUGUAAUACCAGUCCUGUUCAAUGUGACAUAACAAUGUUGCUUUGAAUAGAGCCAAAUGAAAGAGCUUUAGUAGCUGAAGCUCUGUUAUGUCAGUACAGCUGUCGGUAUGCUGGAUCUUUGACCGCAAAAAGCCCUGGAAUCCCCAUGAGACAAAGACCUUGCUUAAGUAGAGGAGCAAAGCAUUUCUCAACCAACUUUAAGUCCCUGAUCAGAUUUUUGGUCCUGCUCCUUCUUGAGGUGGGGUUUUCUGAGCCUGCCUUUGGAAAACUUCUUCAGGCUUUUUGACAAAUAGUCAGAGUUUGCCUCUUAGAAGAUACUUUUGACAGUGUUGAACAUAAUCUGUCUUCAGAAGACUACACAGGGGUGGUAACAGGGUAUUUAUUUCUGUAAAGCAAUGAAACAAUGCAAUUGCUUGCAACUAGUCUCAUCUUGGCUUCAAAAUGCUUAAAUAGAAGACACCCCCCCUUCUAUAGUUACGUUUAUGCUAUCCUAGACAAAAAAAGGCAUUAUUGAAAUGAAAAUAGUGGCCAUUAAACUCAAUUUGCAGACACACACAAAAAUACAGGUGAGGAUCAUACACUCCAUUGCUGGUACAGUGGUACCUCGUGUUACAUAUGCUUCAGGCUACAGACGCUUCAGGUUACAGACUCCGCUAAGCCAGAAAUAGUGCUUCAGGUUAAGAACUUUGCUUCAGGAUGAGAACAGAAAUCGUGCUCCAGCGGCGCGGCAGCAGCAGGAGGCCCCAUUAGCUAAAGUGGUGCUUCAGGUUAAGAACAGUUUCAGGUUAAGAACGGACCUCCGGAACGAAUUAAGUACUUAACCCGAGGUACCACUGUAUUUCAGUUAGUAAGCUUUGAACUUCCUCAAAGUUUAUUUUGCUCACUUCUUUGAAACCAACUUUUUGAAUGCAAAGAGUUGCAGCUUCUUUGAAUGAAACUCUUGGAAAUGUCUGGGGAUAAAAUCUCUGUCAGUGUUAAAAUCACAAGUGGAAUGAAAUACAGCUAGCCAGUGUUUUUACUGCAAUUGCUAUAAAGCACCCAAUGCUUUUCACAAGAGAGAAAGCCACAAGUUUAAAAUCCUAACAGGAAACCUUGUUGAAUUUAAUUCUCCGAGAAGUUAUGUCUCUUGGGUAGCAGAAUAGUAGUGGACUUUUUGUACUAGUCUGGACAAGUUGGGUGCUCAUUUAAUUGUACUCCAUUAGUAUAGCAUGACUUCCAAUUAUAGCAGCUAUGAUCCAAGCUACACAAACCAUGCAAUGGUAGCCUUACUUACCGGUAAUUAAGUUGCUUGACCUCAGUCGGAAACAACAGUGGAAGAUGUUUUCCUUUACUUCCCCCCCACAACAGCUCUUUCCUUUCAGUGAAAUGCAUGGUGUUGUAGAUCAUGAAACCUGUAGACAAAAGCUUGCUUUCAAACAUACAUGAUGGAUAAAGGAGUAAAUGCCCUAAAUUCUCCUAGAAUCCCAAAUGCUCCCUCCCAAAGCAACUGUUUGGGUUAAAGAGACAUUUGGCAUUUGCAUGCAACAUGCUUGCUCAAAGUGUUUUUACAAGCUAGUACGAGCGGCAGGAAUAAUAAUAAUGGUGUAGUAUACUUAACAGACUCUAAAGCCCAAUUAAGAGGCCUAUACUCCUCACAGUAAAUUUAAGUGUCUGUGUCUUGAUAGCUGUGCCUGCCAGGUGUGGCUUGCAGUUAGGCUAUCAUUCCUUGCAGCUCCCAGAAGCUUCUGGCACACAGAGUGCUUGCACUUAAUGCAUUAUUUCCACUUUCCACUUCUUAAAAGAUUGCCGCAUGAAAUGGGUAUGUGGAGAUGUCUGCUUCAGCAAGCUGGUGCUGCUUGUGUGUUCUGUGUAACUUGAGUCCAGUGAUGGAGGUUGUCAAGUGUUAUGUGUGUUCCUUUAGCUGACAUUUCUACAGUGAUAUGUGACAAACCCGAGAAAGCACAAGUGAUACUUGAGAACUGUGAACAAAAGAAGACACCAGGACUGAAGAUGAUAAUUCUGAUGGAUCCUUUUGAUGGCACAUUAAAGGAAAAAGGAGCUUCCCUGGGAGUUGAAAUCUUUUCAUUACAAGAAAUUGAGGUACAGGGUCCCUUUUGCUUAACAAGUCUACUCUUGAGAAUGAUUAAAGCAGGCUUCCUCAACCUCAGCCCUCCAGAUGUUUUUGGCCUACAACUCAUUUCAUACUCCCCCCCCCCACACAAACCACUUCAGAACCAUCAUUUCAUACUCCCCCACCCCAAACCACUUCAGAACAUCUACUUCUUGAGCUACCCUGUAAUAGUUAUCACCACUGUCCACCACAACUGCCCCAUUCCUUAGUGGCACUGCUUAAUUGCUCUUGCUUGUUUUCCUACAGAUGCUAGGAAAACACAAUUUCAGCAGACCAGUUGUAAGUACUCAUCCUCUGUUUUACUCAACCAAUGAGGUCUAUUUACUACCAUGUGUGAUUUUAAAAGCUUGAACCCAUUUUGGACUCAACUGUUGUCUUAUUUCAGCUUCCCAAGCCAGAAGAUCUUGCCAUAGUCUGUUUCACCAGCGGAACAACAGGUAAAUAACUUGGUAGAACAUCAAUAGACACCAUCUUUUGUGACAAAAGGGACAAACGCUAAUCCUAUUUUUAGAUUUUAAGACUCACCUCAAAUGUUGGAGAUAAUGGAGCCCAUCCAAUUACUGAAACAAAAACAACAACAAAACAAAAAAGCUCCAGCCAUAACCACUCAUGCCAGAAGCAUUUGAGGGGUUUUCAUACAAAUCCUUGUAUUUAUGCCAUGUAAUAUGUUCCUGCCAACCUAGCAGUUCGAAAGCACGUCAAAGUGCAAGCAGAUAAAUACCGUAGGUACCGCUCUGGCGGGAAGGUAAACGGCAUUUCUUUGUGCUGCUCUGGUUCACCAGAAGUGGCUUAGUCAUGCUGGCCACAUGACCCGGAAGCUGUACGCCGGCUCCCUCGGCCAAUAAAGCGAGAUGAGCGCCGCAACCCCAGAGUCAGUCACGACUGGACCUAAUGGUCAGGGGUCCCUUUACCUUUACCUUAAUAUGUUCCUGAUGUGUUUUAGUACUCCUGUUGGUUUUUCUUUUUAUUCCUUCAUGCUGCCUGAACGGGAACUUCAGUUUCACAGGGUGAAAUUUGGACUCUUCUCAAGGAAUGUGGAGAGGGGGCAACAAUAAAUUUCUGUGUCCCCUUGAUACUUCUAUAGGGAGGAAGAGACACAAAUCCUAUUAAAACUGAUGGUAUUGAGGUGAAACUGUUGACAGCUCUUCAUAGAAUAAGACUGCCACACAAUUUGGAAGGGAAGCAAGGAAAGAGAAGUAGCACUUAACAUCAUUUUGAAGAUUUCCCACUGGGCCUUCAAAAAUGGUUAUUUGAUGCAGAAAUUCAGGGGGCACUUGACUCUACACCUCUUAUUCUGACAGAAAGAUUGCAUGCUAUCUGUAAUAGCUAAAACUGGCCUGGUUAGCAGUAUUGCAUGCCUGUCUCAAAAAGAAAUCUAUAGGGGUAGAUUUUUAUGCUGCAUUUUAUGAUUUUUAAACCAUGAAGUUGUGUUUUUUUAAAGCUGCUUUGAGUUCACACUUAGUCCAUACUUUAAAAAUAAUAAUAAUAAAGAAAGGAGUGUUGUUUCAUGGUGUUCAGGUUACCUGAAACAGCUCUUAAAUUCCUGGUUUGAGCUACAAAUUUGUUUGUUUUUAUGUGUGUAGGUAACCCUAAAGGAGCCAUGCUAACACAUGAAAGUAUUGUUGCCAAUGCUGCUGCUUUCAUGAAGACUAUAGAAGUAAGUGACCAUAUGCAAAGGCCAAGCUGACUAUUUAGGUUGGUCAGGCCGCCAACAAUCAAACUCUACAUUUUUGCAUGUUUGUAGAACUAGAGCAUCAUUGUGACACCGCCUGCUUCUUUUCUUACAGAUGACAAGUCCUUGUGUGCCAUCGGAUGUAUCGCUGUCAUACCUUCCUCUAGCUCACAUGUUUGAGAGAGUAGUGCAGGUAAAACCCCUUUCUAAGUUCUUCUUGCCACUGGGAGCAACUGUGUGGUGCUUCUUGGGUCUCUUCAAAAGGUUAAACAGUGGCACAUGAGUGGCUUAGCCACUGGCUGGCUCUGUAAGCAACCCGUCUGGCAAAAGGAUUGUGGUCCUUCCUGCUUAAUGUGACAACAAGGUGUGCUUGUAUAUCAUGAUAAAUGUUGCAAGCAAGAUCUUGAGAUGUGGAGUGUGUAUGUGUAUGUGUACACACAUGGAAACACCUCUCAAACUUAGCUUGAGGAACACAGUUUACAGCAAUCCAUUUUUAUGUUCUGAAAAAGCUUUUCUUUAAUUAAGCUUUUAAUUAAAUAAAUACCCAGUGUUCACAAAGAUCAAUGAAUGGAGGCAACUGAUAUCUAGAUGUUUUAAUGGGCAGAGGUUCAACUGGCAGAUUGGGAGUGGGGUCUCAAUCCUAGUACCUUUUGCAGUAUAUUCAAGGUCUUCCAUGGUUACUUUUUAGACCGUAAUGUACAGCAACGGAGCAAAAGUGGGGUUCUUCCAAGGAGAUAUUAGAUUUCUAACUGAUGACAUGAAAACUUUGAAGCCAACUAUCUUCCCAGUGGUGCCAAGACUGCUCAACAGGAUCUAUGACAAGGUAAACAUUGUACCUAAUAUAAAGCUGCCUCCACUUGAAUCCUGUUAAGUACAAUUGCAACUGGGUAUAUUAUGCUUCUGUUUAACUUUUCCAUAGAAUAGUUCGAUUAGAAUCCUUGUACCUUCCCAAGUUCCCACGCCACCAAAUCCUGAAACCAGAAAUGGCAAGCUCACCCUAAAAUGCCACAGGGCUUUCUCCUAAACUCUCCCAUGUCCCAUCAUGGCUUUAAAAUCCAUCUUAAGGUUAGGGGGUAUAAUGGCUGGAUGUUUGGGAAGGGCAGAGAAAUGGGGUCACCAGAAAUUAAGAGGUUAGCUCUGGAGUCACUGGAUGCCCACAUCCCCUUUAGUAGUACCGUGCCCUGAUUUCUUGCAGAUUCAAAGUGGUGCCCAAACAAACUUCAAGCAGUUACUGCUCAAAGUUGCUGUAGCCAGGAAGCAUGCUGAAGUGAAGCAAGGCAUUAUCCGAAACACCAGCAUCUGGGACAAGCUAGUGUUCAAUAAAGUUCAGGUAUGUGCUCCCCUUUUUAGACUUCAGAACCAAUGCCACAAUACCUUUUGCGGGGGCGCCUAUGCUUACAUUCUUCUCUUCCCUUCUCCACAGGAAAUCUUGGGUGGGAAGGUGCGAAUCGUAGUCACUGGAGCUGCCCCCAUAUCUUCACCUGUCCUAACGUUCCUCAGAGCAGCCUUUGGGUGUCAGGUAAGGGCAAAGCCCCCACGGCUUUCUCCACCCCACCCCAAGGAAGCAAAUGAGUUAGCUUGAAGGUUCUGUUAGUGGCAUUGUUGUGGCACCUGAUAAAUGAAAAGUGCUGCCGUUGGUUGGGCGAUGAACCGAUAUUGGAAGCUUCGCCAUGACUGUAGUUGUCUGACUGUGCAAAUUUUGUUGUAACCUGCUCUUUAUCAAAUAUUUCAGUGCCACAGAAGGGCAACCAUGGAAUAAAAAUAACAAAGAAGGCAAUAUACAGAAAACGAGAGAAUACAUGAAAACAAGUCCAAAAAUAACAAGCACAUUAACACUUCAAAAUGGAACAAUUCGUUUGCCUACAAAAUAUACACUCACUAUUAAAAUCAAAAUUAUGGAAACUCUUCCAUAAUUUUGAUUUUAAUAGUGAGUGUAUAUUUUGUAGGCAAAAUUAUGGAAACACUUUGGGAAAAGUUCAAACUUUAUCAGAUUGGCAGUGCAAAUUACUGGAAUAUGCGGAAAUGGUGCAACUGACUAACAGACUAAGAGGUAAUACAAGACAAACAUGUAUUCAAAAAUGGGAUAUGUACAAGAGAUACCUGUAAUAUAAGAAACAAGCAAAAAGGUAUGAAUUGUUGUAAGAAAGUAUUAGAAAGUACAGAAAGUGUAAGGUAAUAAGUACAUUCAUCACCAGAAAGGUUAUAUGCAUCGGGAAAUGAUAGGUGGUGCUGUGGUUUAAACCACUGUGCCGCUUGGACUUGCCAAUUGGAAGGUCGGCGGUUAGAGGCCCCACAAUGGGGUGAGCUCCCGCUGUUCAGUCCCAGCUCCUGCCAACAUAGCAGUUUGAAACCACGCAGUGCAAGUAGAUAAAUAGGUAUCUCUCUGGCGGGAAGGUAAACGGCGUUUCCAUGCGCUGCUCUGGUUCGCCAUAAGUGGCUUAGUCAUGCUGGCCACAUGACCCGGAAGCUGUCUGUGGACAAACACCCGCUCCCUCGGCCUGUAAAGUGAGAUGAGCGCCGCAACCCCAGAGUCGUUCGCGACUGGACUUAACUGUCAGGGGUCCCUUUACCUUUACCUUUACCUUCAUCACCAGAAAGGUUAUAUGCAUCGGGAAAUGAUAGGAAGUCUAUUCUAUGUCAGCAAAAAGAUAGGAAAAAAGAGCUUGCAUAAAUUUAAUUUAAAUUUAAUUUUUGUAAACAUAUAUAAGAUUAUUAGUACAUGAUUGUUUUCAUCUUUGUAUAUUGUGUAUGUUAUCUAUGAAUUUCAUUAAAGUAUUUAAACGGGGGGGGGGGGGGGAGGAAUUAUGGAAACACUUCACAAAUAAUCCAGUCCUAUAGGCUCCACUUCUGAGCAACGCCCCUAGGAAGUACAGUGGUGCCUCGCAAGACGAAAUUAAUCCGUUCCGCGAGUCUCUUCGUCUUGCGGUUUUUUCGUCUUGCGAAGCACGGCUAUUAGCAGCUUAGCAGCUUAGCGGCUAUUAACGGCUUAGCGGCUAUUAACGGCUUAGCGGCUUUAAGAAAAAGGAAACAAACUCGCAAGAACUCGCAAGACGUUUCGUCUUGCGAAGCAAGCCCAUAGGGAAAUUCGUCUUGUGGAACAACUCAAAAAACGCAAAACCCUUUCGUCUAGCGAGUUUUUCGUCUUGUGAGGCAUUCGUCUUGCGGGGCACCACUGUACCACCUACCUCAAUGGAUCUCUGUCAUGACAGAACUUGCCUUGUUCAUUGAAUUGUUCAUAUAGACUCCACGUUGUCAUAAAACAAACCCAUCAGAACUGCAACUGGAACUAAAGGGCGCCAUCUAAUUAAAUAUUUGUCUUCCAAAACAGAUCUUUGAAGCAUAUGGCCAAACAGAGUGCACAGGUGGCUGCACAUUUUCAUUGCCGGGAGACUGGACGACUGGUAUGCUUUCUUAAAAUUCUGAGUGUGGCUGAAGACUAUGACUUGGGCUUCAGUUGGCUUAUAGUUGCGUAUAAUAGAUGGCCAGCAUGAGUUAAAGAAACAUCUUAUGAUGGGCAAGGUAGUAUUGGAUGAGUUGUAUCUUCUGUGUUUGUGUGGGCCAGGGGGAGAUGGGAGCUUUCCUUUGGCUUCUCUGGCUGCUUUGCAGUUCAUCCAGCUGCUUUCUUCUUUCUAUGUAACUGAUCACAUAUAUAUGGGGGGGGGGGAGGGCAACAGGUUUUUUGCUUCUCCUGCAUUUAAAUAUGACAUCCUUCCGUUUACUAGCAGAAUGGGCUAUACUGGCAAGAUGAGUUAGACUUAAGACAACUUCUAAUCUGAUUAUUCAGAGCUUGCUUUUCUGCUGUGGAGGUGGGAGAGACUUUUAUAACCAUUUACGCUAUAAAAGGCGAUUAUGGAAGUUAACAGUUACUUCAAUAUGUAAGCAAUAAGGAAUGGGUUGAUACGACAACAGCCACUUUUUGCCCUUCUUCAUAUGCACCUCCAUGGAAUUUUGGCGAUUUUAAACAAGACAGGUAAAGAAGGGAAGAUUGUACCGAGAAAAAAACCUAAAUUUUCUGCAUGGGUGUUCUUCUUUAGGUCACGUCGGACCCCCCCUAGCUUGCAACAUUGUAAAACUUGACGAUGUUGCUGAAAUGAACUACCUUGCAGCUAACGGGGAAGGAGAGGUAAGCUCCUUUUUGUGAUGUAGCAUUCUGUGAGCUGAAGUUUAAAAUAGAUGGGGUCUAACACCUAUUUUUGUGUGCCUUCUAUAGAUUUGCAUUAAGGGGCCAAAUGUAUUCAAGGGUUACUUGAAGGAUCCUGAGAAAACUGAUGAAGCUAUUGACCGAGAUGGGUGGCUUCAUACUGGGGACAUUGGGAAAUGGAUGCCGGUAAGUUGGUGGUCACUGAGGCAGCUUGCUGACUACUUUGCACAGAACAGUAUGCUGGCUAAUUCCAGGUUGCACCAUUUGGAAUUCUGAUGCAACUAACCCACUUCGAACAAAAUGAAACUGUGGACUAAAAUAUGCUUGAAUGUGAGAUAACAAUUGCUUGACAUGACAUCCUAUAACCUCCCCACAAGCAUAGAGUGCUACCUUGGGUUGCAGAUGCUUCAGGUUACAGACGCUUCAGGUUACAGACUCCGCUAACCCAGAAAUAGUACCUCGGGUUAAGAACUUUGCUUCAGGAUGAGAACAGAAAUUGCCUGGCGGCGGCGCGGCAGGCCCCAUUAGCUAAAGUGGUACCUCAGUGGUACCUUAAGAACAGUUUCAGGUUAAGAACGGACCUCCAGAAUGAAUUAAGUUCUUAACUCAAGGUACCACUGUACAUGGAUGACUUCUCAAUAAAACAGAUUAUCUAGACGUGGCCUCCAUUUUGGUCUCCAAGCUUUUCUGCAUCUGGCUGUAGAAAAUGGCUCCUAGAAAGGAUACUUGAAAGUGUUUAAAAUGAGAUUUGCAGUAAUUAUUCCCUUGCAAAGAUAAGGAAGCUAUUCCUGCAAAGCUUGGUACCCAAACACAAAUCGGAUGUAUAAUAUAAGAUAAACGUCACAGUGACUCUCGGUAUGUUGCAGCAAUAAGCAUUCCCCAUGUAUCCUUCAAAUAGCAAGAUUAAUUAAUACACCCCAAAGUGUGCAUUCUACUACAAGUUGUGAAAUUGGUGGUGGAUAAUACAGCCAGAGGGCACGCUUUCUUGCAUAUAGUGCACUGUGGAUUAGGAGAUAUGAGGCACUAAGGACUCUCCCAAAAGCUACUGAUUGGGUUUGUUAUGAAUGCACCAUUCAAAGAUUGAAUUACUGAAUAUGGCACCGAUGCAUUAUUCUUAAAGCAUUCUACUUGGCCUACAUUUACAUAAUGCAUUUUAAACCCUAUGACUUUAAGCAGUCAUGGCUUUCCACAAAGAAUUCUGGGAGCAGUGGUUUGUUAUGGGGGCCAAAAGUUGUUAGGAAAUCCCAAUUCUCCUCACAUAGCUGCAAUUCCCAGAGUUCCCUGUGAAGAAGGAAUGAUCAUUAAACCACUCCGGGAAUUUUAGGCCAGUGUGGUGUAGUGGUUAGUGUGUGGGACUAGGAGCUGGGAGACCAGAGUCCAAAUUGCCACUCUGCCGUGAAGCUUGCUAGGCCAAUCACUGCCUCUCAGCCUAACCUACCUCACAGGGUUGUUGUGGAGAUUAACUAAAGAGUGGGAGAAUCAUAUACACAACUUUGAGCUCUUUGGAGAAAAAUGUGGGAUAUAGAUAGAUUUCUAAUCCUGUCUCCAAACUUGUUUUUGUACUUUCUGCAGAGUGGUGCAUUGAAGAUAAUUGACAGAAAAAAGAACAUCUUCAAGCUAGCUCAGGGAGAAUAUAUUGCACCUGAAAAGAUUGAAAACAUCUACCUCGGAAGUGCCCCUGUAGCACAGGUCUUUGUGCAUGGAGAUAGCCUACAGGUAAGUGUGCCCUGUUCAGAGCUGUAUCUUCAGCCACUGUGCUAACUGGUUUCUAGGGCCAGACAAUUCUAUCAGAAUGGUCAAGACACACACUGCUGCUGAGAUGGGUGACUUGCGGGGACAUAAUGAAGACCUAACGGAUUGCAUGAUCAUAGAAGCUUACUUCUUUAUAGUAUGACAUGACCAUUGAGAUCCAAAGGAACUCAAUGUGCCCAAGUGGAAAUCUUUGGGAACGAGUACAUACAACACACCCACACCCAUUUUUUUCUGGAGUUUGAAUGUUCAUUCUUCCUACAGUCAUUCUUGGUGAGUGUGGUGGUUCCUGAUCCAGAGACCCUUCCAGAGUUUGCAGCAAAGUUGGGAGUUAAAGGUUCGUUUGAGGAACUCUGCAAAAAUACAGUAAGUGCCUUUCUCUCACUUUGUGAAGAUCCAAGUUACUGAAGAUAAGAGUUCAUUCGGUGAACUUGAAGGGGAAAUUGUCUGAUUGUAAACUGGAUUUCAGAGUUCGAUAAUAAAAGAGCCAGUUUGCCUCUUGACUCUCACUUGGUGUUUGGAUAUGCAGUUUUGCAUGAGGUGAUAUAUGAGUCUUUUGUGCCAUAGCACAUAAACUUGUAAAUAGCUGCUUCCUGCUAAAAUUAUUAAUGUAUACCCAAUCCUACAAUACAGCCUACUAAACUAGAUUUAAGCAAGGUAGCUUUUAAACCAAGAUGGGAGGAAAUUGGAUAUGCGAUUAGAACAGUUAUUCUAAAUUGUGUGUUGGCAACCAAGACUGUUAUAGUGGGUUAAGCGAGAGGAGCAGGCAAUUAUUAUAAUUACUUGUCACUGCAGUGAAAGUUUUUACUUUAGCAGCAUUUUCAUGUCUGAACUUGCAUGUUAACUUCGUAUGUAUCUUGAGUGUGCUGUUUGAUUAGAAAGUUGUGCUAGUAAAACUCCCCAUGUUCAAGCUUAAUGCACACAUUUGCUGAGGUGUGAACAACUGCGUGUUAAGAAAUAGACAGCAAUCCUGGAAGUGAAUUUUGUGUGAGUGCAGUAUUUAAUUUGCUUAUAACCUCUCCCUUUGAGGUUUUUUAAAAGGCUUUUGAGGCAAUAGUCCUUGUUUCUAUUUUUUGCUCACAAUACUUGCUAAGUGCAUGGCUCUGUGAGGGUCUCUUCCCACUCCACCACCAAGCCACACAAAUUCCUUAAGAAUUAAACUGCGUUAUGGUGUCAGGCUUUAACAACCAGCGGAUUGGGCAGCUGUGAGUGGGAAAGAAUGCGUGUUUGAGGUCUAUACAUUUCUCUCAGAUUUCUAAAAUCUAGUGCCUUCCUUAGCCUGAAUGCACAGAACUGAACUCAUUAAAAUUCCAAGAAACACUUUCUAGCACAAUGUGAGAUUUGACUCCUGAAAAAUACUCCUGCAGAACAAAUGUGAAUUCAUUCCAUGAAGUUAAGAUUCGUAGAAAGGGAAAACCAUUGGCUAAAAAUAUUCCACAAUCAUGCUGACUGGGAUAGAGGGGUGACUUACAUCAGUAACCUGCUUCUGGAAGUCUCUGUUCUUCACCUUGUUGCUACCAUAUAUAGGUUAGUUACUGGUAAACAUAAAUCUGUUAUGAUAUUAUGGGACUACUUGCAUCGUUUCCAGGUCUGAAAUGGGUUUUCAUUUAUGUAGUCUUGGUCUCUAAAGGCAUUAAGAUAAACUUAUAAGUUUUUCAAACCCGCUGGUUUAAAUCCUACCAAUAUAUUUUCUGCUUCUAGGUGGUGAAAAAAGCUAUCCUGUCAGACAUAAUCAGGUUGGGGAAAGAAGCUGGCCUCAAGUCAUUUGAACAAGUGAGUAUGCAGUUUGUUCAAGGCUAUUGCUGUUAAGUGGCUUCAAAGAGAAUGAACUCUUAACGCAGAUCUCCAGAAGUAGAGAGACGGGUUUCUGCAUACUCCGUUUGUGUUGGAAAGAAGCUUGAAUGCAUAAAACGGCUUAUAAAAAGAUUUAAAUCAGCACCAUAAUGUUUCCAUAGUACUCUGCCCUUAUCCCUUUACAAAAGGAAUUGAGUGUGUCAGAGAUACGGGAGGAAUAAGUUGGUCUUAAAUCUCCGGACUUUUGUAAAUGUGGAAAUUUGUAAAAGUGAAAAUUAUAAAUAAAUAAAUCUCUGGACUUCCAAGAGGUUUCAAAGGUAUCUUGUCAUCCUAGGACAUGUAGUUCAGAUUUCUAUCUCAAACUUUGAUCUCUGACAAGUCCAGAGAUCUGCUGCAAUGCCUCUAUUGAUGUGGGGCAGGCAUCCAACAACCAAGAAUUAUCACACCAGAAAUCUGCAUGAUACGCUCCAUACUGUAACAAAUGGUUAUAGCACUUUGCUCCUAAGCAAAGGGGCACUUGGUGUGUUGUGAAAUGGUGGCUGUCAACAACUAGCUCUUUUGAUAGAAAAAGAAAAUAGGGGUGGGGGCCUGUUUGAGGAAAUACUAUAGACUUCCUCGAUCCCAAGGGCUUGAGAGUAUAGCUUCUCAAAGGUAAAGAGGGAACCUUAGUAUAAGGCAAACUGUCCACCUCAGACAAAUGCAUAAGGCACUAUUAUGACAAAAAUAUUGUCUCCACAACCAGGUGAAAGAUCUCUACCUCCAUCCCGAGAUGCUCACAGUUGAAAAUGGACUGUUGACCCCAACACUGAAGGCAAAGAGAGCAGAAGUAUCCAAAUUCUUCAGAAGUCAAAUUGAUGCUAUCUAUGCUGCUAAUAUGUAGUUAGGGGGCGGGGAGCCUCAGCUAAUUGUAUUUACAGUGAACUGUGAAAGCACUUGGUAGGCCCUAAACAGCUGAAAAAUGAAGGACCUGAAUCAACUAAGUGUCCUUUCCUCUUCAAAGAAAAACAUGUUUGGCUAAGGUAGCAACUCGUUGUGGUGAAUCUUGUGUAAUAUACUACGUUGUUCAAAUGGAACAUGCCAGACUUGUAUUCAGAGCAAAGCUGCCUUUCUGUCUCACUGACUACUGUUGUCCCUUGUGAUUUGUAUAAAUCUAAAUGAAAUGGGAAGAACUUGAUGAUAGUUGCCGUAUGUGGAAGAUAGUAUGGGAAAGUAUUUAAGACGUCUCUUAAAACUAUUGAUGAUUCUAACGGCCAUAAUGAGAUUGUAUAGUACCAGUAUGCUUAAACACUAACUUAAUCUAAUCGUACUGAAAGGCUCUGCCCCAUGUAGUAAUAUAGUCUUGAUUUGUACAGUCAUUUACUCUAGCUUUGUAUAUGCUUUUGGAGAAAAAGCCAUGAAUGCCAUCCUUCUGUGGUGGGUGCUCAAAUGCCUCAUUGGCAAUAAAUGUACUUAAUGCCUAUUUUUUAAAGUCUGGGUAUCCAAAUUCCGCUAAGGCGCAAACUAUUCCUGCUGGCUGAAAAUGUAUGUGAAAAAUAAACUGAUAGCACUUUCUGAAAUUUGUGUCUUUUGACUUAGUACAUCUUGUACUCUGAAUUCCAUGAAGGUAAAUAUCCAUUUCUCAAUACGUGGAAGGAUACUUCUCUUAAGCAUUUAUAAAAUCUAUUCAAAAUUU